AUGGCCUGCAUCUCCCUCAUCCUCACGCCAGAGGUCCUCCUGGGCGUCCGAGAGUUCUGGUUCGAGCACCUCUCCGGCCCAGACGCCCUCAUCAUCCCCAACGCAGAGGCGAACAAGCGCUGGUUCUUUGGCGGCCCCGACUUUGACAAGCUCUGCGUAGAACGCUUCGGCCCAACCCUCGCCGCCAUCCGCUCCCGCGGCAUAACCUCCGGCCACGACAUCAUCUACGCCCUCCAGCCCACCGACGCCCACGACUGGCUCAGCCUCGUCCUCCUCCUCGACCAGAUCCCGCGCAACUGCUUCCGCGGGGAAUCCUCCGCCUCCGUCUUCACCUACUGGGACCCCAUGGCGCGGGACGUCGCCCUCGCGGCCCUCGAGCGCGGCAUCCCCGACCGCUGGCCAGAGAUCCGCUGGCGCUUCGCGUGCCGCGCGUGGUUCUACGUCCCGCUGAUGCACGCCGAGGACGCGCCGCUGCACGAGCUCGCGGUGGGAAAGUACCAGCUGCUCGCGAGGGACGUUGAAAGCCUCAUGGCAACAACAACAACUGACGACAACGACGAUGUGGCCGUGGUGGUAGACCGCGAAUACCGCCUCGCCGCGCAAAAGGUCGUGCAGGCGGAUCCCGGCGCCGCGAGGGAGUACGCGCAGCUGAACCUCGGCUUCGAAAAGAGGCACUGGGCCGUCGUCCGGCGGUUCGGGCGGUAUCCGCACCGCAACGGCGUGCUGGGCAGGGAGACGACGGAGGAGGAGCGCGAGUACCUGGACAAUGGGGGAGACACGUUUGGGGGGUGA